AUAGUACAGGGACUUUUGUCUGAUUUUGGAGGAAAUUAACUGUUUAGCACUUUGCAAAAAUGCUGUGGAAACCCUGCAUGUACAUGUACACUUGCAUGUAAUUAUGUUGUUAUUAUUAUUAUUGUGUUCAUGUUUAAUGUUAUUUUGUCAGUUAUACUAAACUUGUGACACUUUUGUAAGUUGUUUGGGAGUUGUAUGGAUACAAAAUAUGAACAUGGUCACUUUAUUUAAAAUAAACACAACUUGUUUGUGUCUUGCUAUAACUUCAUGAUUGUUUAUUUGAGCCUUACCGAUGUCCCAAAUACUUUUAAUAUAUAUAUUUGUGGCAUUUUCACUUUCUCACUCUUAUCAUGGUUGUUUAAAUGUACAUAAUGUAAUAAUAAUGUUAAACUUCUCUCUCUAUCUUUUCUUUCAAAGGUUUUGGCCUGCAGAGAUAAGGUCACGCAUUAAUAAAACCUAUACUUAUUUUGCUGGCGGUCUCGGAGUAACUGCAGCUGCUGCUUAUACUGCCUCACGUUCGGAGUCAUUCUUAAGAUUCAUGAUCACAAGACCUCUAAUGUCUGGUAUUGUAUUUCUGGUUGGUACGAUUGGUUCAGCCAUGAUGUGUUACGGUAUCCCUUACAAGCCAGAGACAAUCCCAGUCAAGAUUGCAUCAUACGCACUCUUCACUGGAAUAAUGGGAGCCACGUUAGCACCUAUUGCUUUUAUGGGAGGUCCACUGGUUGCUAGGGCUGCUUUGUAUACAGCUGGUGUUGUAGGAGGCCUGAGUGCUACAGCUGCUUGUGCUCCGAGUCAGAAAUACCUGAGCAUGAGUGGACCUCUUUCUCUUGGACUGGGUGUUGUGUUUGUAGCAUCCAUUGGUGGUUUAUUUGCUACACCAGGUACAGCUCUCUUCUCUGGUCUUCAUGCUAUCUACAUGUAUGGGGGCCUGGUCCUCUUU